AUGUGGAUGAAUGGCGCCUGCAUUAGGCUCGCCAACACGUUGGAAAAGUUUAGCGAUCGCGACGACAUGUCGCCUAGCCUGAAAUGGUCUGUGUCACACCAUUUCCCAUCGACUGCGCCGCUACUGAGCCUUAUUCACCCCACGUUUCUGUACGGCUGCAGCUUGCCAGUGUGGAUAACGUCAAUGAAGGAAAUGCUGCACAACCGCCGGUGCCGGCGGCUGGGGAAAUGGGGGCCCAGCAUGUGGUACCGCGACCAGCAGCAGCACCGGCAGCAACAGCUCCUUUCAGCACAAGUUUCACAGGUUCGCUUCCAACAAUAUCAUCAGGCUGGUGGAGCAGUGUUCUUAGCGAUGCAAAGGAUGAAUCCGCACACCGUGAAGAGCGCAAGUUGCAUUGUGUGGGGGAGGCCCACACCCCUCAGAGUGCGUUUUGCCUUCUUUUUUGCUUUCAGUGUUUGGGUUGGGUGUCUGUGCCUGUAUGUUGUGAGAGCUGUUUCUCUCAUCUUUUUUUUAUUCGCUUGCUUUGGAUUCUCACAGUUUUCUAACUGCUCUCAAUGA